AGACACUACCCAGUUUUGUUUACAGCUUAGUUCUUUCGUUGCAUUCGCAGUGUGCAUUUGUAAAUUUUCAUACUUUUAUGUAAUCAAAAGUUGGAUUAUUCCUAGUCAGUUUUACUGCCAGUUUUAUCUAGAACGAUGUCUUUACUCAACGCAUGCCGUUUAUGCAAAAAUAUUUGCGACAAUUCUAUACGUCUAUUUGAUGAACUAGGUAGUUUCACAGAGCCUUAUCACACCACCAUUAAGUUUUUUCCACCAUCGUUUCUAGAAAUUGAAGACAACGAACCUGAUCCUUUCGCUGUCUUGUGUGAAGAAUGUUGGCAUCACAUUUUCACGUUUAAUAAUUUUCAAAAAAAUGUUAUAAUCGCAAAAGAGCAGUAUCUACAAAAUCUCGCUAAAGAAUGUACUAUUAGCGAUAAACAGCUUGUGGCAUCUGUCAUAUCAAUCGAUGACUGCAACCCUGAACCCCUGAACGAAGUUGAAGGAUGCAAUGCGGGGGCAGCUUUAAAAGACACACAAAUUAGACCCAGUUUGGAUGCACGUUCGGAUACAAUUUCAAUUGCCGGUACGUUAAAAGAUAGUUCAGAUGAGGAAGACCAAGAUCAACAAGAAACCCGCGAAGUGUCAAAUUAUGAUUGGCAAAAUUCGUUUUCCAGUUGGUCCGAAACCGAAUUACUUGCAAACGUUCAAAGUAGGAUCCGUCAAACCGAGUCGUGUGAUAUUCCCACAACCAGUGCACACAGCUUAGAGACGAAUAGACCGAAAAAGAAAAGAGCAAACGAAAAGGAGCUGGAUGAUAUUAUAUGUCAGUGGAUGCCAUCACUGGAGUGCCACAUUUGCAAGGAGAUUUUCACAACAUUUUCGCUACUGUCCAAUCACGUGGCCCAAAUUCAUCCUAAGGAGAAAAUUUCGGUUGAAUGUUGUGGUCGUGCAUUUCAUUUUCGUUGUCGAUUGGCCGCCCAUUGCCAAAUACAUAUCGAUCCGAAGCAUUAUCAAUGUGAGAAGUGCGGCCAGUGUUUCACAACGGAAAAUCGCAUGAUGAAUCACAUGCGGGUUGUUCAAUGUGAUAAUGGCAGGACUCGGCGAACCAAGCUGAUGUUAUCCCAGCAAAGGGAAAGCAACUGUAGCCAAACUGCCUGUUCGAUAGACGGUUCCAUAAUUGUGUUGGAUGAGGACAGUAGCGAUCUUCAGUCCAUAAAAUCCAAAGAGGGGGGAGAAAACUCAGUUUUAAACACCCCAGAGAACGGGCCUGAGAACGAAGAAAUCUAUGAAGAAUUUGAGGAAACAAAAUUUGUUAUGCAAAGUUCAAUUCCCAUCGUACCCGAGCUAGGACGAAAAAAUCACAGGACUUCCGAUGAACUUGAUGCCAUUAUAAGCCAAUGGAAGCCCAUUCUGGCUUGCAGAAUAUGCGGCGAAAAGUGUCCAACAUUCACCCUAUUAUCGCAUCACUUCAGCAAACAUCAUCCAGACACGAAAAUGUUUGUAGAAUGUUGCGGACAUAGAUAUCGUUUCCGUUGCCAAUUGGUGGACCAUGCCCAUGCCCAUCUUAAUCCCGAACUCUUUCAGUGUUUCAAGUGUCACAGUAGUUUUUCAACCAAGCAGGCACAACAAUAUCACACCAAAUAUGUCGAGUGUCUCAAAGGAAAUGUUCGCAAAACAGCCUCUAAAAAAAGGUUCAAGCGAGGAAAAACAAAAAAGUUUGCAGAUCUCAUGAUUACACACAGAUCUCACAAUCAAUCGAAUGUGCAUGUGUGUCGUAGUUGCAAGAAAUCAUUCAAACAUCGUUCUUCUUUGGUGCGUCACAUUACCAUGAGCUCUCCCUGUCGUGCUCAAUGUCCUUCGGGUGGACAAACGAAUCCACACCAAGAAAUCGAUGAUGCUGAAGAAAAGGACGAGAAGUACACGAACCGACGUGGUGGUAAAGCAAAAACUCACAUUUGUCGUAGUUGCAAAGCAAGAUUUCAACAUCGCUCCUCUUUGGUCCGACACAUCACAAUGAACGCAGCCUGCCAAGCUGGGAAUAUUGGCCUAAGAAGAAUCGAUCGAAAAUGCAUUAUUUGUUCGAAACAAUUUAAAUUUCGUUCUCGAAUGCUGCAUCACAUGAAGGUUAUUCAUGGCCAUUGUAAAACGGAAAAAACUGAUAAUUAAAAAACUUGUAAUGAAAUAAAAAUUGUUGCAUUUGAGAAGUA